CUGCAUUAACGGCCCGCUGUCUAUUCUGUUCCUCGGCGGACGUUUCCAGUGGGCGACGCGCGCGCUUUUCACCGCCGCCGGCUGCCCGCGCGCUGGACGGCGGCGCGAGUCGAGACGCGCGGAGUUGACAGAAGAAGCGACGCGAUCUAAACGGCGAAGCGGGACUCCUGCUCAAUAGAUGAACUCUACUUCAUCUAUUGGGAUUCAGUUAAUAAUUGCCCGCCUCACAUACCCGAAUAAUUACAGUAAAACUUUUCAGUAUCAAUCAUCUGCAGCCAGGAAAAAGGCGAGUUUUUAAUUGCACAACUUCGUCUGAAAGGACUGUGGUGAGCGCAAGAGAUUGCUGCCUGGCCAGCAUCAGAAGUGGACUCCGUGGACACACGCCUCUCCCUUCCUCCUUGCCCGCAGGAGGACGAAUGUCCUACAGAGUCCCUACCAAGUUUCAUAGUUGCCUCUUAGGUUAUAGCAGAAGAAUAAAGUGAAUAACUGAGAGCUGUUAUGGAUGACAUCUUCACCCAGUGCCGCGAAGGCAAUGCAGUGGCCGUUCGCCUGUGGCUGGACAACACUGAGAAUGACCUCAACCAGGGGGACGACCAUGGCUUCAGUCCCUUACACUGGGCGUGUCGCGAGGGCCGCUCGGGUGUUGUGGACAUGCUCAUCAUGAGGGGUGCGCGCAUCAAUGUGAUGAACCGUGGCGAUGACACACCGCUGCAUCUGGCAGCCAGCCAUGGGCACCGUGACAUUGUGGCCAAGUUGAUCCAGUGCAAGGCGGACACCAAUGCAGCCAAUGAGCAUGGGAACACGCCACUGCACUACGCCUGCUUCUGGGGCCAGGACCCUGUGGCUGAGGACCUGGUUAAUAGUGGAGCCCAGGUGAGCAGUUGCAAUAAGUAUGGUGAGACUCCUCUGGACAAGGCCAAGCCACACCUGCAGGACCUCUUGAAAGAGCGGGCUGAGAAACUGGGACAGAGCCUCACUAAGGUUCCCUAUAAAGAUGCCUUUUGGAAGGGCACCACUCGAACCCGGCCUCGUAAUGGCACUCUGAACAAGCACGCUGGCAUCGAUUUCAAACAACUGUCGCUCAUGACCAAGAUUAACGAGAAUCACUCUGGAGAGCUGUGGCAAGGACGCUGGCAGGGGAAUGAUAUCGUGGUGAAGGUGCUACAUGUUCGGGACUGGACCACCAGGAAGAGCCGGGACUUCAAUGAAGAGUAUCCCAAGCUCAGGAUUUUCUCACACCCUAAUGUGUUGCCCGUGCUGGGGGCAUGCCAAUCACCCCCUGCCCCCCAUCCCAUCAUCAUCACCCACUGGAUGCCCUAUGGCUCACUCUACAAUGUUCUCCAUGAGGGCACCAACUUUGUGGUGGACCAGAUGCAGGCUGUGAAGUUUGCUCUUGACAUUGCCUGCGGUAUGGCCUUCCUUCACACAUUAGAGCCCAUGAUUCCACGUCACUAUCUCAACAGCAGGAGUGUCAUGAUUGAUGAGGAUAUGACAGCCAGGAUCAGCAUGGCAGACGUGAAGUUCUCCUUCCAGUGUCCCGGCAGGAUGUAUUCUCCAGCAUGGGUGGCACCCGAAGCCCUGCAGAAGAAGCCGGAGGACAUAAACCGACGAUCAGCAGACAUGUGGAGCUUUGCUGUGCUCGUGUGGGAGCUAGUGACUCGGGAGGUGCCCUUUGCUGAUCUUUCCAACAUGGAGAUUGGUAUGAAGGUGGCUCUGGAGGGUCUCCGCCCCACCAUCCCACCUGGCAUCUCGCCUCAUAUCUGUAAGCUAAUGAAGAUAUGCAUGAACGAGGACCCAGCUAAAAGGCCCAAGUUUGACAUGAUCGUACCUAUCCUGGAGAAGAUGCAGGACAAAUGAAAACGCCCAAGUCCGGUGGUCCCUCCACCAGUACUGCCUUAAAUACACCACAUGUCUGGGAUGCCACUGCUGCUGUCAGCUUCACAUUCAGCAGCAGUUAUAUUUGCCACUGAUUAAUAUUAAUGUAUUGUUGUUAGCUAUAUUUAAUCACAUGUUUGACUUAAAUAGCAUCAUGUUCUUUGUGUACAUUUAUCUCAACGUGUCUUUACUUUGGAACUUUAUUUAAAUCAUGGAUGUGGACACUUUCAGCACCGGCCCCACAUGAGAAGCUAAGACAGUGCCACUAGGGUGUCUUCCAUAGCCUUAGUCUGAUUACUGAAAUUAUUUAUUUGCUAGGCAGACGCUAAUCUGGAGAUCAUCUAUUUCAUUGGUUAAAACAAUAUCCUUCAUAUAACUAGGGAUAUUAAUAAUGCAGUUAAGUACAACAGCCCCCACUUUGGCAAUUACUUAAUUUCUGAUGGGAUGCAAAUGGUUAAUGUUGGCUCGCUGCACUAAAGAUGUGAGUGCAAAGGUGUAACUACAGCAAAAAGAAAUUCUGCAUCUUUGUUAUAGUUGUAGAUGGUAUACAAAACACUAUUAUCAGCAAAUGUGCUUGAUGUGGUAGUGAGCCAUCACACAUUCACCCUCCUCACUUUUGUUUGUUCCUCUUGGUGUUUUGGUGUAGGAAGCUGUUUCGUAAGAGUUUCUGUUUCCUUAUAUUCUGCAGGAUAUGGGGAAACCUAUUCAUGUCUGUUGCAGAGAGCAAUGACUCCCUUGGCACUGUUCUUGACCUUUUUUGUUUUUUUGUUUUUUUUUCUUUUUUUGGGGGGGGACGUCUGUAUGACAAGAGUCUCGUGUACCUAAUUUUGUGUCACCAUUUGUAAAACCAUCUUUCUGUUCUUGUUUGAGAUGUUGUUUUAAAAUGUUAAUACAAGAUGAAUAUUUUUAUUACAUUUAUCAGCAUAGGGACUCUUCCCAAAAUAAGGGAAAGGGUAUUUUUAGGGGAAAAGUUUUACAAAAUGCUCUUGAAUGCUUUUUAUUAGUAAAAGGCUCUAAUGCUUCUCUGCAUCCUUUACAUAAAUAAUUUCAACUUGUUCUCUUUUAUUAGGUUUAUUUUUAACUUCUUUCAUCAGCUUGUUUAUGCUGAAUCACUUGCAAAAUAAAGAAAAGCAGGCCUUAUACUGAUGUAUGUAAUUUAUAAAGAUAAGUAUUAAAAAUAAGAUAUCAGUGGUUUUUCUUGCAAA